AUGGAAAGGAUGAUCAUGGAGAUGGCAAAAACCUUGAGGCAACAACAGCAGCAGCAACAACCACCACCACCAGUACCUGUGCCACCGCCAGAAGUACAAGAUUACCAUGUUGAGGAUAGAACAAUUACGCUCACGAAGGAAUUCAAAAAGAUGAAGCCACCCUCGUUCAAAGGGGAAAUUGAACCAAUGAAAGCAGAAGCAUGGGUGUUGGGUAUAGAAAAGUUAUUUGAGGUUUUUCCUUGCACUGAAGCCCAAAAAGUGCAACUUGCUGCCUUUACUAUCGAAGACGAAGCACGGAGGUGGUGGAUGCCCACAGGAACUGCACAUCCAGGGUUAACAUGGGCUAGAUUUUUGGAGCUAUUCUAUGAAAAGUAUUUUCCUCAGUGUAUGCAGGACAAGAAAGUGACUAAGUUUGAGACCUUGAGACAAGGAAGCAGGACCGUUGUGGAGUAUGAGGCUCAAUUUGUUGAAUUGGCCCGUGUCGCGCCACAUAUGGUGGAUACGGACUACAAGAAGGCCAUAAAGUUUGAAGGUGGAUUGCGGAUUGCUAUUCACGACUGGAUCAAUGUGCUGAAAUUACCUACGUAUGUUGAUGUGUUGGAAAGGGCAGUAAUCAAUGAGGGUAAUAUUGCCGCUCAAAGCUGGGUCUCAGAAUGGAAAGGGAAGAGACAGAAUACCCAAGCUGCAAGGGGUUCGGUGACACCACCGAGUAAGACAUUAAAUUCGGAAACCUCUAGCACAUUCGCCUCUACCUGCAACUCUGCACCAAUUUGUCUGGACUGUGGAAAGCAACAUCGUGGGAUUUGUUAUCGAGUAACAGGGGCAUGCUUCAAGUGUGGCAAGAUAGGUCAUUUAGCCAGAAAUUUCCAGCAAAAAGAUCGUCAGAAUGGGAAUAGAACUACCACAAGUUCAGCCGGUUCAACUCCAACCCCAACCACAAAGGCAGCUAUGAAACCCUCCAAUGCUAAAGAUAUCGCUAAAUAG